ACUGUAUUAUUAGUUCUCAUUUGUAUGUCUAUUAAUGUCAUGACAUGUUAUUAUGUGACUAAGGACUCAACAAUUUAGAAGACAUUCAGCAGAAAGUGAAUAAAAUUAUUGCUCAAUAGCUCAGUUUCACAUGAUGACACUUGAAGUCAGUGAGUGGUUUUAUUUUGCAUCGAAAUAAGUAUUAUGCUAUGGCCUUUGUCAGUGUGUACAUGCAUCUUUAGAAAAAUCGAUCAUCAGAAUUCUGUGUCUAUGUUCAGUGGGGAGAUAUUGAUUUUCAAUUUCCCACGAAGAUGUGCAUUCCUCAAUUUUCCUCUUUUAGUCGAGGUAAUUUGUGCAUUCUAUCCUAACGGGAAUAUAUCCAUUUACUUUGAGGAGAUUCCGAAGCUGGUCGAUGACUCAUUGGAAGACCUGAUGAUCACCGACGGCUCUGAGUAUCCAUUAUGCGAUGAAGAUGAAGAAUAUUGCCAUAGAAUCACUUACAGUGAGAUAGAAAUUCCAGAAUCCAUGAUCAAAUCAAAUACUCUGGUGGAAUUUUCACCGAAUUCAAUUUGCUCUGAACAAACAAUUUGUGACGCGUGCAACAAUGCAAGCAAUUCAAUCAGGAAAUGCUUUUGGUGUCCAAAAAUCAAUAAAUGCAGUCAUGGUUAUGAUAUUCACAGCUUGGAGUGGAUAACUGCAAACUGCCAUGUUCAUGUAAGUUUGUGAACGUUUUCGAUUGUAACACAUUCAUUUUUGAGGCAUAAUAACCAUGUUCUUACACCUUUUUCUAA